GGUGCCAAAAAAUUUUACGGGACGUGCCUUUUUCUGUCCAACAAACAAAUGAGAUACAAUUCCCGAGAUCAAGAGCAAGAGCACCUCACCAGUGUCAAGGAAUCUGCCUUGAGGUCUGCUCGCUUUUGGAAAUUUUGCGCGCGUAUGGAAGCAAAAAAUCGACCCAUCGACUGCUCGUAUUUUGGAAAAACUCGCACGUGGACACAGUCGCAAGUAGAGGUUCCACUGUACAAGUUAUAUAUUGGUAUUCGUAUGAGAAGAUGAAAAAAAUUGCGAAUCAGCGGCAGCCAACGACCAACUUCUCACUGUUUGCUGGGGCUGUUUCUGGAGGGAUUGCAGGAACGCUGACUCUCCCACUGGAUGUAAUCAAGACACACCGACAAAUAGAAAUUGGUGAGAAGGAACUUUUUUCAGCUAACUUCAGGAGUUCUGGAUCAACCAGGCAUAUGCUAAAGAACAUAUACACCCAGCAAGGAAUAAAGGGCUUGUUCUCAGGAUUGGUGCCACGCUUAGCAAAAGUGAUGCCAGCAUGUGCCAUAAUGAUCUCUACGUAUGAAUAUACAAAAAGGUUCUUUAGAAAUCGUAAUCAGUUAGAUACUAUUGAAUAGUAAAGUGCUAUCUUUGUCUUAUGUAAAAUAUUAUUGUCAGUAUGUGUAUUAUAAUUGUUAUUGAAGAUAUGAUUGAAACUAUAUGCUCAGUACUUUUAAGGUAAAAGAAAUACUGGACUGUAUAUUGUAAUGUGUAUUUUUUAUAUAAUUAUGCAUUGCUAAUUUUAUUUUUGUUGUGAUUGUAAAUUACAUGAAAUAAUAUGGUAACUGGGUGGUGCAUUGAGGCAUCUAUGGAUACAGAAUGUUAUCCAUGGAGGAAAAAAUGGGAGUAUAGUGAUACCAACACUUUUAUGUGGGUGUGAAGCAUGGGUUGUGAAUGUUGCAGCCAGGAAGAGGCUGGAAACAGCGGAGAUGUCGUGUCUGAGGGCAAUUUGUGGUGUAAAUAUUAUGAAAAAAAUUCAUAGUUUGGAGAUUAGGAGGUGUGAAGUUACUAGAAGUAUUAUCCAGAGGGCUGAGGAGGGGUUGUUCAGAUGGUUUGGAAAUUUAGAGGGUGGUGCAAAAUAGGAUGACUUGGAGGGUAUAUAAAUCUGUAGUGGAGGGAAGGCAACAUAGGGGUCAUCCUAGGAAAGGUUGGAGAGGGGGGGUUAAGGAGGCUUUGUGUGCAAGAAGAUUGGACAUCCAGAAAGUGUGGGUGAACAUAAGGAUGGUGAAGGUGUUUAUUCUUUUUUUGGGUCACUCUGCCUCGGUAGGUGAUGGCCAGUGUAUUAAAAAAAAAAUAGCCCAGAAUGAUCUUUCUGUUCCCUUUACACAAAUGUUUAUACUAGUUUUUAUGAGAAGUCUUUCUAGCACAGUUAUACUAUGCAAUAUUAUGAUGUGUAUGUUACUUCUGUCAUUGUUGGAGGAGGCACAUUUUCUUUUGAGAAAAGAUGAGUGUAAUAUUCACAUGUUGUGAAGAAAGGUCCUGUUAUUGUAGUUAAUCAGUUACAUACAUAUAUGCACAAUCUCUGUUUUAUAUAGAUACAGUGGCCAGUAACAUUGUUUAUAUGUUUGCACAAAUGUACAAGUAUCAUUCAUACUUAAUUGCUGCUUCCAUUAUUUCUGUACUCAUUUUCCCAGUGACUAAAUUGCUUUAAAGAUAAUUUACAUGCUAUUUUAUUAAUACAGUUUUUUUGUAAUGUUAAAAUUUUGCACUUUGAAGGAGCUUAAGUAAAACCCAGGCUAUACUAAAAUUUUAAAAUUAUAAUGAGAAUAUUGUCAUUUAGCAUGAUAUUUGCACUGUUUUCCUAAGUUGAUUUAAUAAUAGUUCUUGUUUUUAUGAUUCAACACUACCACAUUUACAGCAUUCACUUGGGUUAUAAGCUAAUAAUCUUAAUUAUUUUGCUUGAUUAUGCCGUCUUCACUUGUGGUUUACUUUGAAACUUCUUUUGCUAUAUUGUCUGAAACUAUUAAAUAAUCUUGAGUCUAAUGUAUCUUUUUCUUACCACAAUUGACUUUCUCGUCUUGCUUGUAAUUGCAUUUCUGUUCUCCUGUGUGUGAAAUCUGUUUAGCAUAAAUAUUCAAAUUCUGUAAACUUUUUCAUAAAUUCAUGUAAUUUCUGUACAUUCCACAAAUAUUUUUAACUUAAACAUUAAUUGUUUAUUCAAUAUUUUUGGGUAGUGUAUAUGUUUGCUUGGUAUAGGUGUGGUAAGUUCCUAUUGGCUUGGUACAGUUUGAUAAAAAAAAAUUAUUUUUACCAGUGUUGACAUGUUGAUGGCAGGCAGUGGUGGUGGUGGUAGCUUAUGCUGCUUGCUGCGUAUUUGUAUAGGUAUUGUGAAGGGCCACAUCAACACUCUUCAUAUUCACUUAAAUAGGCAACAGCAGUUGGAAUCUCGGGUAAGUUUUUUUUUUUAAAAGCUUAUUUUCAAAAGAUUUGUUUUGCUUUCUAGGAUAUCCAAGGAACUUAGCCCUAUAUUUUCCAUAUAUUCUUCACUCCAUAUAUUAUUCAUGCACAAGUGUUGAUGCAUGCUUGAAUUUUUACAUAAGAUCCAUCACUCUGACAAUAGCGGCACUACCAACAGUCCCAGUGGAUUGGUGAGGGUGGAAAAAUGUGUUAUGUGACUAAGACAUCAAUAUAACUUAUGACAUCAUGUUUGGCUUCAGGGCAAAGCUUUGGUUGUGAUUUAAAAAGUUUUAUUGAAGGGAAAGUGAGAGAUAGUGGUUUAGGAUGAGGCAAUUUUCCAUGGUAUAGGGAAGUGUCACUUUUGUCUUAUCUGACGUAGAUCUGAUUCAUUUAGAGGUCGGUUCCAGUUCUAAUACACCCGUGGAUGCCUAACCACAGAUGUACAGUAUAGUGCAUGGAUAUGAAGCACCAAUAUUAAAAUCAUUACAUAAUCAGAGUAUCAUCUAAGCAAGAUCUACACUCAGGAGAUACUUUCCCGUUUCCUGAUGAAUAAGCCAGGCACCACAUCCACCUAAACUUUGGGGUCCAGUCCCUGGACCCAUUAUGUAUCUCUGUAAUCUUUUGACUACCACCCACAGGAUGAGUAUGGGAUGCAUAAUAAAGAUAUUAAACUAACAA